CUUCCCAAGCCUAUUUGCCAAAGAAACCCCCUACCACUACUUGCAGCCCAUACUUUAUUUAACCAGGAGUUGGAUUUCCUUGUUCCAAUCUUUGUCUUGUCUUCUCUUCUUUCAACCACUUGGCCUGCCUUCUCCACUUCUCCUCUCCAAUCUCCUUGUAGGUGUCAGACACCAAAUUGCUGCCAUCUGUGUCUGGCCACACUUCUUUCUUACAUUCAAAGUCCUUCUGCAGGAGGGCAAACAGAAUGAUGGGUGUUCAAGUCCAAGACCCAGAUUACUCAGAAUUUGUGGAGGUUGAUCCUACAGGGAGAUAUGGCAGGUUCAAUGAUAUCCUUGGCAAGGGUGCUUCAAAGACUGUUUAUAGGGCUUUUGAUGAGUAUGAAGGGAUUGAGGUUGCCUGGAACCAGGUGAAGCUCCAUGAUUUCCUGCAGAGCCCUGAGAACCUGGACAGGCUUUAUUGUGAAAUCCAUCUUCUCAAGACUUUGAAGCACAAGAACAUUAUGAAGUUUUAUACCUAUUGGGUCGACACCUCUGAGAGGAACAUCAAUUUUGUCACUGAGCUGUUCACCUCUGGCACUCUUAGGCAGUAUAGGCAACAGCAUAGAAGGGUCAAUAUUAGGGCAGUGAAGCAUUGGUGUAGGCAGGUUCUUAAUGGCCUUCUCUACCUCCACAGUCAUGAACCCCCUAUCAUCCACAGGGACCUCAAGUGUGACAACAUCUUCAUUAAUGGGAACCAAGGCGAGGUCAAGAUCGGUGACCUUGGCCAUGCUGCUAUGCUCUGGAAAUCACAUGCUGUCCAUUGUGUUGGCACACCAGAAUUCAUGGCUCCAGAGGUGUAUGAGGAGGAAUACAAUGAAUUAGUGGACAUCUACUCAUUUGGGAUGUGUGUCUUGGAAAUGGUCACCUUUGAAUACCCAUACAAUGAAUGCACCCACCCGGUGCAGAUAUACAAGAAAGUUAUCUCUGGGAUCAAACCCAAAGCUUUGUACAGAGUUAAGGAUCCUGAGGUCAGGCAAUUUGUUGAAAAAUGCCUUGCCACAGCAUCUGAAAGGCUUUCCGCUAGGGAGCUGCUUAAGGAUCCUUUUCUACAAGUUGAUGAUCUUGGUUUGAGCUAUGACAAAGGAAACAUCAGCAGUAUCAACUGUAUUUUGGGGCAACCCUCCCUUGGUCUCAUCCAAAGUAAUGUUUCCUUUAUCACCAAUGAGUUUUCAAAGAUUUUGCACCCUGAAACAGAGUUGCAGAAUGGCUGGGACUACGAUGUGACAAAAAUGGAAGCGCUUGGAAUGGACCUACUCGAUAGUCACGAAGAUGAGCAUCCUGCUAUUAUGGACAUUACUAUCAAGGGAAGCAGAAGGGAAGAUGGGAACAUCUUCCUGAGGCUAAGGAUUUCAGACAAAGAUGGCCAUGUACGAAACAUAUAUUUCCUCUUUGACAUUGAAGCUGAUACUUCAUUGAGCGUUGCCAUGGAGAUGGUAGCAGAGUUGGCUAUCCUGGAUUAUGAUGUGACUAGAAUAGCAGAUAUGAUUGAUAGAGAGGUAGCUUCACUGGUUCUGGAGAGGAAGCCAGGUCCAAGAUUAGAAGGAACUCCAGGGGUUCCUGCAGCUACUUUCUGCCAGAAUUGUGCCUCCAAUGUUUUAUCAUGUGGUUCACUUCUAGACUCUCUCUCACUGAGAAAUCCAUGCUGCAGUAACAUGAAAUCAGUUCACUGUUGCCAACUUGAGGGUGCUGAAAUGCCUGGUCAAUGUGAAGAGCUAAUGUACCCGGUUGAGGGAUCCGAGCUUCGUAUGACUGGGAGACCACCUAUGCUAUCGACAGGCCAAGGCUUAAUCGCUCCAACAAUGAAUGUAAAUGAUUAGAACCUAUUGUAGGGGGAUGAAGAGGUUCUACAAUUUGAUGACUGCAAAAGAAGUGUGUGAGAAAUCUCUAGGCAAGUCAAUCUCGGAAUCUCACCAGUAACAGUCUCUUGAUUUACCAGAGGGGAGUUACCAGUUCACUACACCCAAAAAAUUAAUCAAUGGCUAUUAAAAUGAGAUCAGUCAUGACAAGGCAAGGUGCCAGAUUGAGCUACAAGAACAGAUCAACCAACAGAUGACAGUAUCCAAAAGAAUGCUGCAUCCAACCCCAGACUCUACCAAUAUAGAAAGAAUAGUGGAGUCCUCCCUUUCAGGCAAUCAUAACUCCUUCCAUAUACCUCGAAGUGAUACAAACUGUGCCUCUAUGCUUAAGAUGGCUCCUGCUGAUGUAAAUUCUGGGUAGCAGCGGAGAAACUGAACACUGCAGGUGGCCCCUGAGAUAAUGUUCACAAGAAGGAACUUCUAUGCUGGAGCCAUUGCGCCACGGGCUCUUACUAGAACCAAGUCCUUCCUGUUGAUAAUUAACAUCUGAGAAGCCUUUUUACAAAUACACUGGCAGUCUGAAUAUCAUCUCUCCACCUGCUUUCUUGUACAGCAAUAGUGAGAUGCACUGAAAUGUAUCGUUGUUCGCAUAUUCUUUCGCAGUUUCAUGUAAGUUGAUUUUCCUACUCGGAUAGAUGAGGGCUGUUGUACUAAAAUAAACACUAACUUGUUUUACGUUAUAAGAUUUUCCCAAGAGCAUGAGAAACAUUUCACUUGCUUAA